GUUUUGUUUGUCUUACGCUCUCUCGGUACUCUUUCGAUUUUUUCUACCGAUUAAGUAGGUACCGAUUCUUUCGAAUUUCAAAGCACAUUAGCACACUCAAAGUUCAAUUCCGUUUUAAUAGUUAAAUUAAAUGUUAUCAAUAGUAGUGUUAUUAAUGUAACUUACGAAUAUUAUUUAUAAACUAAACUCGCCUGUGAUAUGAGAAUGUAAUUGUAGGGCAUAAUUUUAUUUAUUGCUACAAACUAUUUCGCCAUCAUUUAUUUUUGUAGUUGUACGUCAUGAUUCCGACUCGUGCCGUUCCGUUGGUUUAACCAUGAAUUUCAAUUUUCACUGCACAAGGCCGCUGGAGUUUACCGUUUAGUAGUUUAUCAUCCUCGUCCAAAGAGUAUGUAAUCACUACACUACGUUUUCCUCGUCCGUGGAGAGCGAACGUUUUUUAGCAAUUAACUCAAUAUCUAAGAUAAGAUAUCUAAUAACUCAGUACUACAUACAUACUGGCCGAAGAACCGGCAACCUUGAACUUAAAAAUUGUAUGAAAAUCGUUUGAGAAUCCUUACACAAUGUUACGAAGUGCAUCGAAAGUGACUAUAAACACAGGAAAUGUGUUGAACCUUAUAGAUAUAAAGAAGAAGGCUGGUCAAAAUGUCACAGAAGAGCUGUCAGAAAGCAUAAAGCUAACCCUAACAGAAUGGGGCUCUCAAAAUGGUUUCCCUAUAGUAAACGGUACUGCGCAUACAGAAUCUUCACAACAUUCCGACUAUGUGGUGGUGUCAACGUCCGCAGCAUCCCAUGAGGCAGUGGUCAAUAUCACACGGCCACAUGAUGAUGUCCAGAAUAAAAUGGCGGAGGAGGAACGGAAGAACCUGAAAAUCGGUGUUAAAAUAUUCAUAAAUGAAGACAGUACAACAGCUUUGAAGGAGUGUUUGGAAAAUGUGUUCACAGCCCUACAAACUGAGCACAUAGAGAAUGUAAUCCUGUCAUACAACCCGGACAUUCUGCACCGAGAUGAGGUCAGGGAUGACACCACUGUCAAGAACAGCUUUACCAAAGCAUCCCCAAUAUCGAUAGGAAGUAAUGUUGCACGCAUGUCGAGUACAGAAGUUGAUGCGGACAGCGAAGCAGACGCGAGGAAGUGUGAAGCGAUACUGCCCGGUAUUAAGGUGUUGUGGGCGGUGCUCGAAGAUUACGUUAAAGAGGGACGCGUCCAACAAUUAGGCGUAGCGGACGUAGGGGGUGGUUGUCUCAGGAAGCUCCACGCGUGGGCGCUGGUCAAGCCCACGAUCGCGCAGAUCAACCUUGCCUCGUGUUGCGUUGUACCGCCCUCUCUACAUGCCUUCUGCAAAGCCAACGAUGUGCAGUUACUUACGCACGCGGAUCCUCCUGAUCUUCUUUCACUCGCCGCAGUAAAAACAUUAUCAGACGCGGGCAUCGGUUGUAACAACUUGGACUGGUGCGCGAGGUACCAGGUUCACAUCAAGUGCAGAGGGGUGCUUGCUCUCAAAGGAUAUGUGUGUAAAGCUACGCUAGGGAACAAGGGAGAUUGACACAAUACUAUACAAUAAUAAAAAAAAUAGAUAUAUUUUUAAAAUAUUAA